GCAGGAUUUCCUUGAUAUGUCUUGAGUAAGACUAAGCUCUACGCAAAGGAGACAACCUGAUGCCAUGUCACUCGAGUUCCAUACCAGUGAUCUGUGCCCUUUUGACCUGGAAUACGCCCGCAGCAAUGACAACAUCUGGAUCCCGAGUCUUCCUCCUCAUUGUCCUCAUCUCUAUCUCGCCCCUGCUUUAUUACAGUUUGUUGGACCUACAGCUCUAUUUGCAGAAAUAUCCUCCAGAUGUUCCUCAGAGAAACAUUAGCAUCCUGCUGUGGCACUGGCCGUUUGGUCGCUCUUACAAGCUUGACGGAGAUAAAUGUCUUGAGAUGUAUAACAUUAGUGGCUGUUUCCUUACUGACAACACCUCCACCUUCUCCACUGCUGAUGUGGUUGUUUUCCACCACCAGGAGCUGAGCCGAGGUCCGUCUUCGCUGCCCCUGCACCUGAAUCGCCCAGCCUCCCAGCAUUGGGUGUGGUUGUCCAUGGAACCUCCUGUCAACAACGCAAACCUCUCACAGCUCACCGGCCUCUUCAACUGGACGAUGAGCUACAGACGUGAUGCAGACAUAUCCGUACCUUAUGGAAAGACCAUGCUGGGAAGUAGUGAACUACCAUUCCAGGCUGCUCCAAAUCGCUCCUGCCUUGUCAGCUGGGUAGUCAGCAGAUACCGGUUACACCAGGUUCGGGCUGCUGUUUACCAAAGUCUGAAGAAGUAUAUCCCUAUAGUGGUGUAUGGUAGGUGGAGCAAGAAACCGCUGUCGAAGAAGGGCCUGUUACCCACAAUUGCAAAGUGUAAAUUUUACCUGUCUUUUGAGAACUCUGUAGCAAAGGACUACAUCAGUGAGAAGCUCUGGAGGAACGCUUUCCAAGCGGGGGCCGUACCAGUGGUUCUCGGCCCCAGCAGGGCAACCUACGAAGCCCUGGCACCUCCUGGUUCCUUUAUCCAUGUGGCUGAUUUUAAGAGCGCAGCAGAUCUGGCUGCCUAUCUGAAGCAUGUGGCUGCAGACAGACAGGCCUAUGAGGGGUACUUGCAGUGGCACCGCAGUCACAGAAUAAAAACCUACACUGACUGGAGAGAACGGCUGUGUCAAAUCUGUGUCAGCUACCCCACUUUACCAGCCAAUAAAGUUUAUCAGGACCUGGAGAGCUGGGUCAACAGCUAAGAUUUAAUCUUUUUAUGCUUUUGGGCCGCUAAGGUGUUGUUGUUUUUUUUGUUUGGGACUGCUGAUGUUACAAUUGCUGAUGUCAAAUACCAUGCAGUAACAAAUGAUGAAGGAUCACACGUGUUUCAGUCAGCCGUGCAGUGUUGUUAAACAAUGAGGAACUGCACACCACAGAAACAAAUCUUAAGAGGUUGGCAGUGCACUGUAUGAAAGCGGAAGUGGGAACUUGUGUGUAACCAUAAAUAAGCAUUUUCCAUUUGUUGAAACCACGGAGGCAAGUUUCUCUUUAUGACAACCUACUGCUUACUGUAAACAAUGUUUCUUUAUUCCUCAUUAUCCCACCUGAAAUAUGUACUCUUCAAAAAACAGAAAGCAAAAUGAGACUGUUUUCUUUAUUUGAUUGUUGGUUGUCUGCUCAGGGCCCCGGUGUGCUUCACACUAAGUACUUGUUAAACCAUUAGAGUUUGGUGAAACUACUUGGUUUAGUUUGAAAGAGUUUAUAAUAACAGUAUCAUUAAUCUUAUUUAUAAAGCACUUUUAAUAACAUUUUCAUAAAAUACUUUAACAAUGUAUAUGAGGGACAGUAAUCAAAGUAUACAGUGAAAAGUAAAACCAAACAUGAGCCCUUUUAUGGGCUCUGCAGAUCAGAGAUUCAUUUAUGCACUUUUAUGUCUCUAAUGUGUAUAUGUAUACAUCUGUCUUUGUGAAGCAUUUUGGUGUUUGUUUUUUAAAGUGCUAUAUCAAUAAAAAAAAUUGAAA